GGUGUCUCUCCCGCUGGAAAUUUCUUUCUGCUUUCCUUAUCGACUGACUGACUCACCCCCUCCCUUUUUAAGAAGGGUGACCUCUUCUCUGGGACUGGAACAAAUAUUUUUGUGAGGAGGGGGCGGGUGGCAGCGUCAGGCUUUGCUUCUUCUCCGCUUUCAUCUCCCUGUCCUCCUCCCUUGAAGACCGAAAAGCAAACCCCACAACUGCUCCAGCAUCCUCCUUCCCUUCCUCCGCCUCUCUUCUCUCCACCUCUCGCAGUUUCGCCCUCUCCGCGGCUAAUUAUCGCAUUAUUAUGCUUCCCUCCCUGGGGGGUCUCGCCCCUCGCAGGUCGCUCUGGAGCCCCGGCCUCCCCUGGGUGCAUUUCUUAAAAAUUUUGGAGCCUGGGAGUGAGUUUUCUCCGAGGCGUGUGUGAGAGGCGGCGGGGGUGUUUUCCUGCGCGAGGGGCGGGUGAAGUUCAUUGCCCCCACUUUCCCGCGACCUUUUCGGACCCGAUUUUGGGUUGGGGGGCAGGCGUUUUCUGGGGGCGGGGGGCGCGGGCGGAGAAUGGCCGCGGGGAGGGCUCCCCGGAGCCUCCCAGUCUCUUGAUCAAAGCAUUCCGCUAUUCUGAUUUAUUGCCUGCUUGGUGAGUUAUUUUUUUUCCUCUAAAGGAGACCUGUGUGUUCAGCCAUUACUUUGCUCGGCGCUGCUCCCAGGCAUCUCCGACCCUCGGUGCUGCGGGGAGCCCCACACUUGGGCUCCUCGCCUCUCGCCCUCGCUCCCCGUCCCCCCUCCCCUCUCUCCGCCCCUUCCCCCUUUUCUUUCUCCUCUCUUUCUUCCCCUCUCUCCCUUCUUUCGGCCGCCGUCUCCCCCGCGCCCUCCUCGGGGCGGAGGGAAGCCGUGAAGGGGGAGGAAGGGCUUGGUGUCAAUUUUUUUGUGUGGCCGCGGCCGGAGCCUGUGGCGGGCGGGCGGCGAGCGGGGAGACCCCGGCGCGGCAGAGCCAUGGAUGGCCCGACGCGGGGCCAUGGACUCCGCAAAAAGCGGCGGUCGCGGUCGCAGCGAGACCGGGAGAGGCGCUCCCGGGGCGGGCUAGGGGCCGGCGCGGCCGGCGGUGGCGGGGCCGGCCGGACCCGGGCGCCCUCGCUCGCCUCGUCGUCGGGCUCCGACAAGGAAGACAAUGGGAAGCCCCCGUCCACCGCCCCGUCCCGGCCCAGACCCCCGCGGAGGAAGCGGAGAGAGUCCACCUCGGCCGAAGAGGACAUCAUUGAUGGAUUUGCCAUGACCAGCUUUGUCACUUUUGAAGCGCUGGAGCUUUUCUAG